CCUCUAUGGUCAGAGGCGCUCUAGGCUCCGCUGGAGGAACACGGAAGUAAACCGGAAGUGGAGGGGAAAAGAAGGCCUUGGCCUCCCACGUGGUUUCUGUAGGGUGUCCGGAAGCCAUGGAAGCCGGUGGGGGUGGAGUGGCCCCGCUCAAAGCUCAAUAUCUAUCGACAAAAGAAGCGGUCCGCUCUCUCCUCGACCGGGAAGGAGAGUCCGAAAGGAACAAAGAGGCGGAGGAGGAGGAGGAGGACGUUCCGGAGAAGAACGCGGACCGAAACGAUGAAGAGCCUCGUCCCAAAAUUCAAAAAGUGGACGACGAUGGGAACCAAAAGGCAGGGGAUGAGGAUCAAAGCAAGCCGAGGCGAAAGCGGGCGAGAGGGCAGAACAAGAGCCGGCCCUGCAUGAAGCCCAACCACUUCGAGAAGGUCCGCCUGUGUCCCUCAGUGGUCCAGGAGCGCACUGAGAAGUGUUUCUUCGGCCCGCGGUGCCGCUUCCUCCACGACGUAGAGGAAUACCUGGCGACGAAGCCCCCGGACCUGGGCGACCGCUGCGUGAUCUUCCAAACGUUCGGCAAAUGCACCUACGGGGCCACGUGCCGCUUCGCUGGCGCCCAUUUUGGGCCGGACCGGAAGAACGCCGUGGACGCCGAGCGGGUGAAAGAGUGGGAAGGGAAAGUGGCCGUCCGGAACGGCCUGAGCAAGGAGCUCCAGCAGAAGCUGCGCAAGAGGAAGUUCCCCUUCGAGAAGGCGCAGGAAUACCUCCGCCGCCUUGGCAAGGGCAACGCCGGGGCUAAAGACGCGUUGGACUGCAAAACGAUCGACAGCAAAGCGCCAGAUGCAGAACAGAUGCCGAAUGAAGACACCGUCUCGCCAAUCGGACCGGAUUCGGAGCCUCCAGUAGAUGCAACACUCCCCAAAACCUUGGGCACCGUGACAGAUGAAGACGUCGUGAAGUUGAGACCCUGCGAGAAGCGAAAGCUGGAUCUCAAUGGCAAGCUGUAUUUGGCUCCUUUAACCACGUGCGGCAACCUGCCUUUCCGGAGGAUCUGCAAGCGCUACGGAGCGGACGUCACCUGCGGGGAGAUGGCCGUGUGCACCAACCUGCUGCAAGGGCAGUCGUCCGAAUGGGCCUUGCUCAAGAGGCACCACACCGAGGACCUCUUUGGCGUCCAGCUGGAAGGCGCCUUUCCAGACACAAUGACCAAGUGCGCCGAACUCCUCAGCCGCACCAUCGAGGCUGACUUCGUCGACAUCAACGUGGGCUGCCCCAUUGACCUCAUCUACAACAAGGGCGGAGGAUGCGCCUUGAUGGCCCGCACCAACAAGUUCGAGCAGAUCGUUCGCGGCAUGGACUACGUGCUGGACGUGCCGCUGACGGUCAAGAUCCGGACCGGGGUCCAAGAGAAGGUCCACUUGGCCCACAAGGUUAUCCCCAGGCUCCGGGAAUGGGGCGCCGCCAUGGUCACGCUUCACGGCCGCUCAAGGGAGCAGAGGUACACCAAAGUGGCCGACUGGGAAUACAUUGCGGAGUGUGCCAAAAUCGCCAGCCCAAUGCCUCUCUUCGGAAACGGGGAUAUCUUCUCCUUCGAAGAUGCCGACCGAGGGAUGGAGACGGGCGUUUCAGGGCUCAUGAUCGGCAGGGGCGCCCUAAUCAAGCCCUGGGUCUUCACGGAGAUCAAGGAGCGGCGCCACUGGGACAUCUCCUCCUCUGAGCGGCUGGAGAUCCUCAAGGACUACACGCAACACGGCUUGGAGCACUGGGGCUCCGACACGCAAGGCGUGGAGAAGACACGCAAGUUCCUCCUGGAGUGGCUCUCCUUCCUCUGCCGGUACAUCCCGGCCGGUUUACUGGAGCGUUUGCCGCAGCGGAUCAAUGAGAGGCCCCCGUAUUACAUGGGCCGGGACUACAUGGAGACCCUCAUGGCCAGCCAGAACGUGGGCGACUGGGUCAAGAUCAGCGAGAUGCUUCUGGGUCCCGUCCCGUCCGGCUUCGUUUUCCUUCCGAAGCACAAGGCCAAUUCGUACAAAUAGCGUCGCCACUGCCGGCGUUCGAAGUGUCUUAAUGGAAACGAUAAAUAAAAGAUUGUGUUUUUUAA